AUGCCACAGGGCAGGUGCUCAGACCCUCAGGGGGAAGACAAACCUGGUGAGUGCCCGAGGGUGAGGCCGAGGCAGGCGCCGGAGCCGUGCGCGGAGCAGGAUUCCUGCGCCCACGACAGGGACUGUCCCCGGCAGGAGAAGUGCUGCUUCUCCGGCUGUGCCCUGCACUGUGCCCGCCCUGCCCGAGAGCACCCCGGGCAGUGCCCCCGGGCAGAGCCAUGCUGGGACCCCUGGCGCAGGCACAGGAGCCAGUGCCUGGAUGACAGCGUCUGCGGGCAAGGGGAGAAGUGCUGCCACACCGGCUGUGCCUGGCAGUGCCUGGCCAUGCCCACAGAGAGCCCGGGCGGGCCGCAGUGCGUGGCAGAGUGCCAGGACGACUCACAGUGCCCCCGCGGUCAGAGGUGCACCGGCACCGGCUGUGGCCGCGUCUGCAUGGACAUCCCUGGAGGCAGAGUGGGAGUGUGCCCCAUCCCUGGGGAGGCAGGGACGUGCGUGGACCUGUGCAGCUUUGACGAGGAGUGUCCCUGGGGCCAGAAGUGCUGCAGCAACGGCUGUGGCCACGUCUGCAUGCCAGCCUCUCUGCCAGGUCAGGCCCUGGCACUGGGCUGCGAUCCCCUACCCAGCUGA